AUGAUUAAGCAGAGUCCAGUUAUAAUAAACGAGCCCGUUCCUACGCGCCGGCAGAAAACGAUAGCCGUGAGCUGUCAUGAAGAAGCAAUGGAGAUCGUGAUAAUGGCGGAACUGUUUGCGACUGGCCUUCCCGUGUACGCGAAUGAGCUGUGGCUGGGUUCAGCCUCGAUGCUCAGCAAAGUGUCUGGAGCGUCGUGUCACGCUCUGCAGUCUGGAGAGUCACAGUUUACCAUAUUUGCUUAUUUCAAGGAUUGUGGAACCAAACUAUCUAUAACCGAUGACUCCCUGGUCUAUUCAAAUGUCCUGAUGUACACCCCUUUCCCAUCUCCUGAUGGUGUACUUCACAGCGACGGUGCAGCCAUACCUGUUCAGUGCCAAUACCGGAGGUGGUAUAAUGCUGACAGUGCAGCAGUGGCGCCAACUUGGAUUCCAUUUUCUUCCUCUGUAACAGCUGAAGAUGUUCUGGAAUUUCAACUCCGACUGAUGAGUGAUGACUGGCAGUAUGAGAGGGGCUCAAAUGUCUACUUUCUUGGGGGUGCGAUACACCUUCAAGCAUCCGUGACCUUGGCCAAUCACUUGCCCCUACUUUUAUUUGCCGACCAGUGUGUGGCUACUCCAACUCCUAAUGUGGAUGGUAGUGAUCUCCAAUAUUCCUUCAUAGACUAUCAUGGAUGUCUUUCAGACAGUAUGCAAUCGUCCUCUCAUUCCAAGUUCUUGCAGAGGAUCCAAGGGAACAGGUUACAAAUGCUAUUGGAUGCAUUUAAGUUUCACCGGGUGGCGGGCAACUUGGUGUACAUCACAUGUUACCUAAAGGCCAUCCCUGCUGCUUAUUCUGUGAAUUCUCAGAAUAGAGCUUGUUCUUUUAUUGAUAAUAGGUGGCAGUCUGUGGAUGGAGAUCAUCAGGUGUGUGACAGCUGUGAGCCAUCCAAACAAGGCAUAGUGAAGCCUGAACCAAUCCAGUCUUCACGUAUAACACUGGCCGCUCCCAUCAGGAAUCCAACCUCAAAUGUGGGGCGUGCAGACUUCUUUAAUGUGAGGCCUGGUCAAUCAUUACAACCCAUUAAAGCUCUUAUUCAGGCUAGGCAACCUGCUUUCCCCGGUCUAUCAAAGAGAGGAACUGACUCUAAGAAAGACUGGCAAAAGAUUGCCACCUUGGGUCCUCUGGUCUUUCUUCCAAAGCAGCAAAAAAUGACCACUAUACCAACCGGAUCUCUGCUCCGCCCAGCUAAGGUCUCCACAGCAUCCUUUACUGCGGAGCCUGAGCUCUUCAAUUUAACAGAAAUCACUCCUGUGUCGGAUGAGUUUGAAACCACUGAAGAGACCCAAAGCUUCAGUCCAUUAGAUGAGGGCUUCUUCCUUGACGCUUCUGAUGGUCUAGAUUUUGAAGAGGGGAGUGGGUUUCAAUAAAGUGUCCCACUCCCAUUUAAAACAAUAAA